CGGCGUCAUCGUUGGCCUUUGUGGGGGCAGCACCGCCGCGAGCAGCCGGCCGCCAGUCAGUCAUCUGAAGCCGGUCUAGUUCGCGGCUCCCGUCACACGCCGCGCACCGUGCACUCGACCUGCAGCAUGGCCUCCAGCAUGGCCACCAGCACGGCCUUCACCCUGGCGGUGGCCGCCGCCCUCCUCGCCGUGGUGCACGCGCGCAGCCUGGAGCCCAGCGGCCCGCGGCCCACCUUGGACACGGCCUCCCUGGGCACCACGGAGCAGCCCCCCGCAGAGGGCGCAGAAGCGCGUCGCUUCCACCUGCGACCUCCCGGCCUGACGCGCGACCCGCCGUACCUCACCCACUUCGGCGACGUGCACUUCCCCGACGUGCAGUUCCCCGACUUCUCGUCGUUCGCCCCCAGCAGGCCCAGCAGGCCGAGCAGGCCGUCGCGGCCGGCGUACGAACGACCCGAGGUGUCCAGGCCGCUCGACCCGGACUUCGGGUCCAGCUCCGAGGAGAGGCCGACGCGCCGCCCCAGGCCCACCAGCGCGCGCCCCGCCUCCGCCAGCCUCAUCAACCCCAAGGAGUGCGGCGCCCUCGGCGAGGACCGCAUCAUCGGCGGCAACAUGACCGUCGUCAUGGAGCUGCCCUGGAUGGUGCGCCUCGGCUACGAGUCCACCUUGAGCCCCUCCUUCAGCUGCGGCGGCUCCCUCAUCAACGAGCGCUACGUGCUGACGGCGGCACACUGCGUGGGCGCCGGCGAGGACCCCGUGAUGGUCCGCCUGGGCGAGCACGACUCGCAGCGCACCGAGGACUGCUCCACCAUCGCCGGCGCCAGGGUGUGCGCCCCGCCCGUGGUGGACGUGGACGUGGAGAAGGUCAUCAGGCACGCCGACUUCUCGUCCGUCACCCUCAUGAACGACAUCGCCCUGGUGCGCCUGGCUCGCCCGGUGGAGUUCACAGACGCCGUGAGGCCCAUCUGCCUGCCGACGUCGCGGGUGUCGUUCGGGCCGCUCGAGGGAAAGGCAGCCUCCGUCGCCGGCUGGGGCAAGGGCCUGAACCAUGCAGUCCGAGGCACCCGCUACCUGAUGAAGGCCAACGUGCCCUUCACGUCCUUCUCGAGCUGCGAGCGCGAGUACUCGAAGCGCGGCAUCGACCUGGACGAGCAGUCGCAGGUGUGCGCGGGCGGCAAGGCCGGCGUGGACUCGUGCCAGGGCGACAGCGGCGGCCCGCUGUACCGCGCCGCCGAGGUGGACGGCCGCCGCGGCCCCUUCAUGGUGCAGUUCGGCGUCGUCUCCUUCGGCCUCCAGAAGUGCGCCGUCAAGGGCGUGCCCGGCAUCUACACGCGCGUGGACCACUACCUGCCCUGGAUCACCAGCCACAUGGAGCCCUGAGGACAGGAGGGGUGAACGCUCCCUUCCUCAACUCUCCGUCCGCGCCUCGGACCGAGCCGGGCCGAGCCCAAGAACCACGUGCCGAAGUGCCCCAGUGCCGUGAACCUCGCGGCGGAACCACCAAAGCUAACCGAAGUAGUAGACCCUCCGGAUGAUGAAGUUUGUUUUACACCAGUGCUGUGCUUUUGCUAAAGACUCAUAUUGAUUUUGUGAUACUUUAAAAGCAAUACUUACGUGGUGCGUUGGCACCGCUUCUGCCUUCUUUUAUGACAAUAAGUCUGAGAUUUUUAAAAAAAUGUUUACCGUCCUAUGAGAUUCAAUAAUCUUCUGAGUGUAUUUUUUCUCUCGAUAAACAUGUCAAACAUUUUGUGAUGAGACAAAAAUUAUAUAAAUACUUAAAAUCGUA